UAUAGUGAAAAUAAUAAAAUCAAUUUGAAUUAGGCAGUGCAUAAAUAACCCUAACGUUUUUUUAAAUGUGUUCUAUAUAAACCUAUUUAGAACACAUAAAAGAAAUAUGUUUAAGAUCACGCUUUUUAAGACUUAUUUGAACAGUGUUUAUCUUGUAUGAAACGGACUACAUUGUAAAGAUUGUUGUUGAAAAUGUAAUUUCAAUCUAUACAUCUGCUAUUCCUUUUAGUACGAAACAGAACAAAAUGGCAACUGCAUCUUCAAAUGCUAACACGUCAAAGGAAUGGCUCAUAGUGACCGCAAUUGAUAUAGGGACAACAUUCAGUGGAUGGGCAUAUUCUACAGUAAAUGACCCUGAGAAAAUUUAUGCGAAUCAGACAUGGUAUGCUGGAGAAGGUACGCUAGCAUCUCUGAAAACUUCAUCAUGUAUUCUAUUUACACCGGAAAAAGAGUUCAAAAAGUUUGGAUAUGAUGCGGAAACAGAGUUUGUAAGACUUGCCGAGGAAAAUAAACACCGCGAAUGGUACUUCUUCGAGAGAUUCAAAAUGGCUUUAAUUGAUGAUCGCAAUAUAAAUAGAAACACUCAAAUAAAGGACAUAUCUGGAAAGAAAAUGCCUGCACUGAACGUUUUUGCCAAUGCAAUCAAGUUUUUGAAAGACAACUUUUAUGCAACAUAUCGGAAAAGAGUAACAUUUUCAAAAGAAACUGACGUGACUUACGUUUUGACUGUCCCUUCUAUUUGGAAUGACAUGGCUAAACGAUUCAUGCGUGAAGCAGCUUUUGAGGCUGGAAUUCCAAACAACCAAUUAAUCAUAGCACUUGAGUCUGAAGCAGCGGCAAUUUGGUGUCAGAGAAUACCAACAGAGCUUCCACAUAGAGACUUGGCAAUUUCUACUGUUGGAACAUGUAACAUAAUCGUUGAUUUAGGAGGUGGAACAGCGGAUAUAACAGUUCAUAAACAGCCAUCAAAUGAUACUCUUGUAGAAAUACAUAAACCAACUGGAGGGCCAUGGGGCGGGGUAGAAGUAGACAAAAAAUUCAUUGAAUUGAUGAAAAGUUUCUUUGGUUCAUCUCAUUGGAAAGAUUUCGAAGAAAACGAGUUAGAAGAUUUGUUGUCCGUGAAAAGAGACUUUGAAACACAAAAAAGAAUUAUCAAGUUAGACACUUGCAAUAAUAUUGUCAUUAAAAUCCCAAGAAGUCUUGAAGACAACUACGAACCAAAAAGCGAUACUUCUGAGAACUUGUUCGGUAACAAAAUUGUACUGAAUAGAGGCAAGUUACGAAUUGAUGUAUCACUUUUGAAGAAAUGUUUUGCAGAUCCGGUAGAUAAGGUCAUUGGCAAUGUGAAGAAAAUUUUAUCAAAGAAAUCUACGAGAAACGUCAGCAGAAUAAUACUGGUAGGUGGUUUUUCUGAAAGCCUUUACGUACAAGGUAUCUUCGAGGCACAUUUUGCAGACAAAUCAAUUUUCAUCCCUCCGGAAUGUGGUCUUGCUGUAUUGAAAGGAGCUGUUCUUUUCGGGCAAAAUCCAUCGAUAGUUACUGCGCGAAUCGCACGUUUUACAUACGGUCUUGAAAUUGCUGUUCCAUUUGAUCCUAAAAUACACCCAUCGGACAAACGAAGGAAUUCACAUGCUGGACCAGUUUGCAUCGAUUCAUUUUGGAAGGCAGUUGAGAAAGGAGAAGUGAUAAAGGAUGGACAUGAAGUGUCAAGAGUGGGGAAGGCAGCAUUUAAUAAUCAAUGUCGAGGUGAAUUGAAAAUUUUUAAAUCGAAAAGUCGUAACCCAAUGUUCACUACAGAUCAUAGUUGUGAAUGUAUUGGAAGUUUUGUAAUUCCGAUGAAUCGUAGAUUGAAAGCUGAGGACAGCAAUGUGUCUGAAGUUUUCAUAUUUGGUAGCACAGAAUUAAGAGUAAGGGCAAAUCAAAGAACUUUUAGGGAUACACACGAAAUAUACAUUCACAUGUAACUGUUCAUAUAACACCAUGACGGUAUGACUCAUGGUUAUACAUGUUUAUUAAGUACUAGGCCAAUAGUCGAACAGUUGAAUAGGUCAAGCAAAUUCACAUAUUUUAUACAUGUAAGUUAUUUGUGACUUAUUGUGGACGGGAGGGUUAGUGUCUGUCCGCCUUCUGUACAACUGGUAACCGAGAAUCAACCUCGUCAGCGUAUGUUUGCACUAAAGUCCGGUCAUUUCUAAAUAUGGGAUAUUUUAUAGGUUUGGCCGGGGAUUGAGCUCACGAAUUGUACGUUAACGUUUAACGUCGUGCUAUCUAAUAAAAAAUAUGAUAAUCAAGAACAACAAGGAAAGGCGGCAUUCAAGGAACGCAACCCCCACCCGACCCAGUAACAAGAGCCAGUGGCAAGGAGCCCAGGAGGACCCCAAACAGAAACAGGACAGGGCACAAGCAGAGCAUGGGCAGGCUAACCACUAAAAUCAUGCAUAAGAAUAAAUAAUUAGUAACUGACAGUGUGCUAAUGUAUUUUCAUAUCCGUGUUAGAGAAUUUGUCUGUUCAUCUGUUACAUUAUGACGGUUAUAAUUGAAUUGUCUUUCAAAAUUUCACUAAGAAUCUUUCUGUUAUAUUUGUGUGAUCUUCAAAAACCGUUUCCCUCCUCGAACAGUAAUUGAGCCUUUAUACGAAGAUAACAUCUGAGGCAGGAAACACGUCGUUUAUUUUUUAUCAUUGUUUGAAGUUGAACAUUUAAACUCAUAGUAUAACUGUUUAAAAUUGUAUCUUUAUUAUUUUUUAUCAUUAUUUGUUUGUCUGACUUGAUAUCAGCAUAUUGGUAGUUAAUGGAUAUUUUAUCAUAUAUUCCAAAAAAAUCUACAUUUGUAUAUACAAUGUUAUAUAUUCUUUUUGUGGUAUCUUAAGUGGUAGGCUUUAUCGAGUUACCAUUGUAUUUCAUCAACUGAUAUUUACUUAGUAAUGUUCAGUCUUUGUGAUGAUAUUACUGGUAUUCUAUACACUGUGCAUAUUAUAAAGCUAAAAUGCAAACAUGUGAAUACAUAAAUACAUUCUUCUAUAAGAAGACUAAUGCUGAUAUCGUAAGUACGAAUGUAUUAAAAUGCAUUACGCGUUUUAUAAGUAAACGUAAUGUAUAAUGAGUGUGUACUAGUAUAUUAUUUAACUGGGUUGUCAUUAACAUGAUUAUUGUUUUUAACUUUUCAUUAUAUUUUGAAAACUUUCAAUAAAGCAAAUUGUUUUAUCUUGAUAUACAGAAGUAGGAUCAAAUGCAAUAACGCAAUAAUUGUAUAAAUCUUGAUCAUUAGUAUUUCCUCGAAUUCGAUAAAUUUUGGGGAAAAGUAGAUUAUCAUAAGAGGUAAUCAGAGAUGAGAUGCUUUCUUUAAAUUUUUCUUUUAAUAUUCAUUUUAAUAUUGUGAAAUUCGGAAAAUAGGAAUGCGAGGUUGUUGUUUGAUAUAAAACUUCGCACAAAUACACAUAAAUUUUUAACACAUUUUCUAUGUAAUAUAACUUUCGUUCUUUAUAUAUAUAUUAGUGUAAAAUAACGGCAGUAUUCUUUUCUUGAAACAUCAAUGCUGGAAUAAAAUAAAAACAUGACUAGAGGAGGGAUGCUGAGGGUGAUGAAAUAAGUAGAAUCUUUAAAUGACCAUAAUCUUAGUUUAACUUAGUUUAACUUAAUUAAAUGAUUGCCCAUCUUAACCAUACGAUCGAUCUUUCCAUAGUAUCAUCCUAUUUAUACAAUUUAUAAGAAUCCUUAGUAUUAGAUGAUACUCUUGCUGUUAUCAAAAUUUGAAUUAUUUAAUCUUCUUUUUCAUAAUCAAGACUUGUCUUAAAACGAUAUGGAUGUAAAAUACAACUAAAUAUUUGAAAUGUCGCAAUAGCAUUUUUAUUCUUUAGCAGUGUGUAUUGUUAUGAAGUAAAUAA